AAUGUUGGUAGUUCUGAUCGCGCGUAUUCGUAAAUAUUGCUGUGCACAUAUCAUUAAGUCAGCAAUAGUCAUUUGGAAGCAAAGCAGGUUACGUUUGAGAACUAUGGUCUGGAGACAAUGUGGAAUCUGAGCAAGUGCCCAUGUGUUAUGCAAUUGGAGAGAGCUGAGCCAAUUGCCUCCUUGAUGGUUUAGUGUAUUCCGAUUUGAAUGUCAGAGAAGGUAUCGAGCAGUGUGCACAUCAUCCAUCCAUCCACCAAUACUGUUAUGUCUGGAGUCAACGAUUUGAGUGGAAAUAUGUCUGUGAAAAGUGUAGCAAUGAAAAUGGGUUACGAUAUCAAAUGGAUAGUGCCCACACUGAGACAGCCGACCAGACUGUGGCACUUUGCCAGCUCGAUAACUGUCUCCAUGGUCGGACUCUUUAGUAAAAUUAUCAUAAAAUUCUUCAACAAUGCAAAAGUGCACAACCGGCAUGUUAUUUUGAAAGCUCUGAACGAGAGACCCAAGAAUGUGCCACUCAUUACAGUCUCGAAUCAUCACUCUUGCUUCGAUGAUCCAGGAAUCUGGGGUACGUUGAAUUGGAGCAACCUGCUGAGGCCGAGCAAGAUGCGAUGGUCAUUGGCGGCACACGACAUCUGCUUCACGCAAUCCAUGCACGCCACGUUCUUCACCUGGGGAAAAUGCGUUCCGGUGAUCAGAGGCGACGGUGUCUUCCAGCCGGCGAUCGACUUCUGCAUAGAGCAGCUGGGAAAAGGCGACUGGAUCCACGUCUUCCCGGAAGGUAAAGUGAACAUGACUAAGGAGAACAUCCGGUUGAAAUGGGGCAUCGGUCGUAUGAUUUUCGAGUCACCGGUCACUCCAAUCAUUGUUCCGAUCUGGCAUAUAGGAAUGGACGAUAUGUUGCCGAACACGCCUCCGUAUUAUCUGAGGAUAGGCAAGCAAAUUACCUUCAAUUACGGCAAACCUCUGGAUCUGAGUCCGGUCGUGAAGAAGCUGCGCGCUCGAAACGCUACGGACGUAGAGGCGCGCAAAGAGAUCACGGACAUCAUUCAGCUGGAGCUGCUUAAACUCAAAGAGGAGACAGAAGUUACGGAUGACGAAGAGGCCGAUGUGAGCGAGCGAUGAGAUUAACAUUUUACUGUUGAUUUCUGCGUAGAAAUCGAUGGG